GCGGCUGCUGCGGCUACGACUUAAGAAGUUGGCAUCAGGCAUCGCUGUGGAUGGAUCGCUGUGCAAGUUGCCCGCCGCCAUGCCACAGCUAAAUACGGCCACUAGCUUCAGCGAGCUGGAAAUGGACAUUGACGAGGAGGAGCAGCAAAUGCCAGCGAUUACAUCCACGCCAUUGCCAGCUGUCAAGCCAGCUCCAUCCCCAGCCAAGCCUCGCUACACCAGCGAACUGUCUUUGGCACUCGGCAGCCCAGAUGUCUGUAAAACGCAAUCGCUGCGUCCGCAGCUGCAUCGACCACAGAAGCGCUGGUCCAUGGAAUUGCGUGAAAAGGUUCUGGAAAUGUCCAAGCGCAACAAUGGCUCCGAUGAGCAACUAUCGCCACAGCCGCAGCCGCUGUCAACGGAUUGCAAUACCACAUUUUGUGGCAGCACCAAUGCGCCAGAUGAACCCGCUGCAGUGAUCACGCGCAGCGUUAGUGACAAAAUCAACUUCUUCAACAAGCUAACCAACACCUACGAAUCGCCCAGUUGCCUCAGCUCGAACACAAAUGGUAAUAGUUUUAUAUCCAUGCUGCGAUCGAGCCGCCCACAGGGCGUGGCGACGAUGGGUGGCAAUGCAGCAGUGCCGCCGCCAAAACCCAAGCGGUUGGGCAGCACACCCGCCACACCCAGCAACACAACAGCGCAACAUCUGCUGUUUGCCACGCCCACUGCCAAGCCGCCCAGCAACGGAGGAGGCAUACAACGCAAAAGCUCAUUGCGCCGCAAGCCCUCAGUGGAGAAAUCUCGCGCCACGAUUGCUCGUCAAAAUUCAAAUGCAACGCUGCGACCGCAACGACAUGCCAUGAUGGAGGACCUGAGCCUCGUUGUGCCCGUGCGACUACGCAUCGCCGAAUACGAGCAGCGCAUAUCGAUGAGUGCAUAGGAAUGAAGCCACUGACGCCACGCCCCAUGAGUCGAUUGGAUGAAUGGACCAAACUAGUGCAAGCUCCCAAGGAUUAGCUCUAAUUUAGCUCUUUAGUCAUAGCCAAGU